GAGUAAGAGGGAGGAAAAGAGAAAGAGAAAAGGAGACAGACAAAUAAAGGCGAAAAAAGAAAGAAGAAAACAAUUUCGGCGGGACAAUAUUCUAAGUAAUUUCGUUGUGAACUCCGCCGACUUCCGUCGUAAAUUGUGGAAAUAAAAGACUCCGUUAAAAGAAAGAAAGAGAUAGAUAGACAAAUAGAGAGAUAAAGAGAGAAAGAGAGAGAGAGAGAGAGAGAGUUUAAAAAUCGUCAGGUGGAAGAGUAUGGAUAACUCCGAAAAUUCCUUCAAGAUCAGAGAGACCCCUUCGACUAUCGUGCGCAUUGCAUAUCGUCAACUCAGUAUUAUGACUGGGAUGAACGAUCUUGCAAAUCCUACGUAUAACAAUGAUAAUAAAUUAAUUAAAAAAGAAGAGGAAAGUUGUAUGGUCUGUACACGGCGUCUCUUUCGAUUACCGAUAUUUUUAUCGGUAACCUCAACCUUAUGUCAAACAUACAGAACGGUUAAAGAAUCCCAUGAGUCCGUUACCAUCGUAUUUGAUAGUUUGGAAAAUGGAUUGAGUAAAGGCGCCGAAUAUAUUAGUCCAAUGACCAAUCGGAUAGGCGAAACAUUGGAAACACCAAUGAAAACUGUCGACAAUUUUGUCUGCAUUGGUUUGGAUUUUUUAGAAGAGAAAGUACCUUCCAUUAAACUAUCACCCUAUGAGAUAUUCCAAAAUAUCAGCAAUAACAUCAGACAUGUAGCUUCAUCAACGAUGAAUACAUUUGUUAUUAUGUUAUCCAACAUUAUCGGCCACGUUGAUCAACUGGAAGCAUCCAUGGAUAAAGAUGUCAAAAAGAAUGACGAUAAGAAUAAUAAUAUACUUCAGAAAGUCAAGUGAUCAUAAAGUUAAAUAAAUUUUUUGAUUAUCUUUACUGUAGACACUUGUAAAA